UUACGGACGUCGAUGACGCGCCGCAGACACGCGCAAUGGUAACCGGAAGCAUCGUUGAGAGGAAAAUAAAUAUCGAUCAAAAUCCCAGUUGGUCUUGAGGGUAAUUUUCACCAGAUGUCAAUUCUUCGCCGUAGAUUCGCAUUCGAUUGCCCUUAACACCACUGUCGUCGGAAGAAACGGUAGCGUGCAGGAAAAAACUGCCCCGUUUGACCGAAGUUGCUCGCUAACUGGUUUAGCUGACGUGGGGAGAAGUUGAGACUGCCAGAGAGCAGAGGGACAAACACAAACAAGCUGGGAUCAGCUGAGCGCCUGUCCGAACCGAACCAGCGGCGCGGGGACAUGUCACGGAGUGCGACUUUGUUCUUCCGAGCCCAAGAAUGAUCCACGGGAGACGGUGACUUCCACUGAAACCAGCUCCAUGUACAAUAUCAACAGUGGCAACACAAAGAAUUUCGGCAGCACCACACGAGGAUCAGCCAUAAGCAGGAGAAGAACAUCCACGGCUCAUGUCAUCACAGUGUGUCACUUUAGCCAAGCACUACCAAUGACUUUGUUGUCUAGUUCUCUGCUCUAACCUCACGAUUACAUAUUGCGUUGCAGGAAGACAGGUGUCAGAAGUGGGAUGAGCAUGGCCCAACAAGCAACCCCUAGUUCCCAGAAGGCCCUGAUGAUGGAGUUGAAGUCGCUGCAGGAGCAGCCGGUGGAGGGCUUCCGUAUCACUCUGGUUCAUGAAUCGGAUCUCUACAAUUGGGAAGUGGCCAUCUUUGGGCCCCCGAACACCCUGUAUGAGGGAGGCUACUUUAAGGCUCACAUCAAGUUCCCAGUGGACUACCCGUAUUUACCGCCAACCUUUCGUUUCAUCACCAAGAUGUGGCACCCCAACAUCUAUGAGAAUGGCGACGUGUGCAUAUCCAUCCUGCACCCUCCGGUUGAUGAUCCGCAGAGCGGGGAGCUGCCGUCGGAAAGAUGGAAUCCGACCCAGAAUGUCAGGACCAUCCUGCUUAGCGUCAUCUCUCUACUCAACGAGCCAAAUACCUUUUCCCCUGCCAAUGUGGACGCUUCGGUGAUGUUUCGCAGAUGGAGGGACAGCAAAGGCAAGGACAAAGAGUAUGCAGAGAUUAUCAGAAAACAGGUGAUGUCCACAGCGGCGGAUGCCGAUCGCGACGGCGUCAAGGUGCCAACCACGCUGGCGGAGUACUGUGUCCAGACCAGGGUUCCCUCUCAGGACAGUAGCUCAGACCUUCUCUACGAUGACCUUUACGACGACGACAUGGAGGAAGACGAGGAAGACGACGACGAGAGCGAGAUGGAAUCGAUAGGCGAAGCCGGAGCGGUGGGUUCCGUGGAGGACGGCGAGACGUCCAACAGAUGUUACGACAACCAGGAUGACUCUGGUAACGAAGAGUCAUGAUGAUCUGGAUCGUUACUGCUCCUUGCCAACUCCCCGAAUCCUUUACCUCGUUGUGUGUGUGUGUGUGUGUGUGUGUACAGUGGGGUCAAAGAUCUACUGCCAAAAACUUUUCAUCAUCUAUUAAACAAUUAAAUAGUCAAAUAAUGUCUCUCCAGUACUUUUUACGUAAGAUUUAAAAAAAAAACAUUGUUGUCGAGUCACCGUUUGCCUUAAUUACUCGCGUGCACAUCGUCUGUAUUGCAGAAACAAUUCGGUGUUUCUUCAACGUACCCUCUGUAAUGUUUAUGAUUUUGAUGUUGGAGGGGGGGGUUCUUGUCAUUGAGGGCGAUUGAGAAAACAUCCUUAUAAACGUUAAACUGGAUAAUGUGACAUUUUUGGUUUGAAGAUAUUCUGGAGAAGCAACUGCUAAUAUGUAUGCUCACUGACCACUUCAUUAGGUACGCUUGCCCUCCGUAAUUGAGAUAGAAUACACCAAAUGAAAAAAAAAUUAUCUUUCCUUAAAAUAUGAUAGUCAGGCUUAGUUUUGACCGACUGCAAAUUUCAUUACCGGUAUCAUUCGGAUUACGAUGCCAAAUGUUGUCGAUCUCUUUUAUGAUGCGUGGAAACGAAAAAUUGAUUUAUGGUGAAUUCGCUGGGUAACCAAAACUGUCUUUUCUGAUGCAGCACCUCAUCACAUUUUGCAGAAGUGUUGAAUGGUCGGCUUGAUGAGUGCUGGUCAGUUGGACCGUUAUCAAAAUGAUGACUGACGUUUAUCUCUUCAAAGUAGCUUUGUCCACCAAUUUCGUCAAUAAUAUUUGAUAAAUGAUGAAAACAACGACCUGGUCGGAUUCUCCCCAGCCCCACUGUUCGUUGUCUGUCUGCUUUUGUGUUCGACGCCAUCCCACGUCUCCCUUCUUGUCAGUUUUUUUUUUAAUGUCCUCCUAAGCGUGUGUUGACUUUUCAAGGAAUGAACGCGAAGAUUGUGGCAAAUGGACAAAGUGACAACGAACGACUAAGCCACCAGGGAGGUCGGCCAAGGGCAAGGUGUCUGACGGGAGUCUAUUUGCUCACGUCUGCAAUUUCGAUGCAAUCAGCAAAACUGUUGACGCAAAGCUCUGUGGUCAACAGCAGCGUCCAUCACCAGUGAUCCCUCAAAAGGGGUGCACAAGCUGAAGACUUUCUCUACACCCCCUCUCCGCCUCUUAAAAAAGCUCAGGGCCUCAAUAGACUUUCACUGAGAGAGGAAAAAAGCAACAAGGGACGAUGGUCACCUGGUUUUCUUUCCUUUUUUUUUUUAAUGUAUUAAGAGGGUAAAUAGUAGCCUUCAGCCCCACAAAACAAGUGUUUACAAGUUUGACGUUGGUCCCAAUUAAAGGUUCCUUUUCAUCCCCAAAUCAUCAAAAUCCAAACAAGCAGAGAAUGUUUUGUUUUUUUUCCUUACGCCAGAGGUUGCUUACAUGAUGUUGUUGAUGUGAAAAUGUUACACUUUUACAACCCGACGCUUUCAUGCUUGGAUGCAACUUCAGUGACAAUAUGGCACCAGUCCGGUUUAUCGGCUGUCAAUCAAGACUAGCCCACACGCAGCUUGGUUUUUGCAUUUGAAUGAAAACGACCACCUUUCAGGCGUGCAAUUACUUUUACGCGGCCGCUAUUUGACUUUGGACACUGGCAGGGUUUGGUCUUGGUGCAGAGUUGCAUCUCAUGAUUCGGUUUGCUCCCAUGACUUUUUGUGUGUUUGCGGUGCAGAACAUUUUAAGAUGUGCCCAGAGGGCAUUGGGCAAAUCUGGCUGGAUUUUAUGCCAAGGAACUGAAGUUGUCUAAUCACUUCAUUUUCUUUAAAGUGGAGCAGCAGAUUUCCAACGUGAAAACAAGGAGUGAAAAUGUUUCCUCCUCUGCUGUGAAAACUCACAAGGACAAAAAGAGGAAAUCAAGCUCCAAAGUGGAUCGUGAAUGGGACUCAUUUUGCGACACUGCCUGACAUUUUGUUAUGUAUUCCCCCCUGAUGUGAUUUUUUUCCCCCCCCACGCCCCGUGAUGAGAACGUUUCACGUGUCUCAUGCGUCUGUUGAAUGUGAAGCUGUCCUCCAACCGCUUGCAAAGUCGACUUCUGUCAUCAAAUGACUCAAGCAACUUAUGAGAAUGUCAUGAAAGCGACGUGGCCAAUUGACGUGAUAGGACUGAUGUUUGACAUUCUCUUAAAGCAGUGGAAGCUAACUGGUUUUCUGGUAUUUUUUAAACUAUUAGCCACAUAUGUGAGUGAUUUCAAGAAAACAGGACGCUUUCUCCAAAUUUCACCAAAAUCAGACUGCAACUUAGUAGCACGUUCAACCCUAUGGAUGUAAAAUGCUGUAUUUGUUUGGCUUUUUCUUUAUUUUGUCCACUCGGUAUGUUAUUGUUUUUGAGGAUGCAAGUGUCACCGAUAAAAAUAUUUCAUCGUAACCAAAAAAUGUCAAUGUUUUGUCCGUGGCCAGGUAGUUUUGCUUUGAGCCCACAAGUCAUAUAAAUACACUGUGCACGAGUCGCUGGUUUCUGAGGGGUUGAAAUAAGGGUUGACUUGCAAAAUGAGGCACAGUUGGUGUGGUAACAUUUGAAAUUCAUCAAUAAAACACUAUGCUAUUGAA